UCUUAGCUUCUUAUACAUAAAACACUACAUAUGAGAGAAAAAAUCAAAAAAUUAUCUCGUUCAAUUGUUAGUUGUCUUAUUUUAGAGUUAAAAGAACUAUGUAUGAGAGAGAAAGUUAUCCAACUUAAUUGUUUGAAAACUUGUCUUCUAAUACCUAAAAACCCUACAUAUAAGAGAAAAAAUUAUCUCGGUCAAUUGUUAGCAACUUAUUUUCUAAUAUCUUAAAGCAUUACAUAUGAAAGAGAAAAUUCUUCCGUUCAAUUAUUAGUAGUAUUGUCUUCUUGCACCUAAAACUCUUACAUUUAAGAGAAAGUCCUCACGCUCAAUUGUUAGCCGGCUUAUUUUAUACGGAGUACUUAAAAGAACUAUAUAUCAGAGAGAAAGUUCUUUCGUUCAAUUGUUAUCUGGAUUAUUUUAUAUUAUACUAAAAACACUACAUAUGAGAAAGAAUAUUCUGUUGCUAAAUUGUUAGCAAGUUUAUCUUCAUAGCUUCUUGUACCUAAAAACAAUACAAAUGAGAGAUAAAAUUAUCUCGUUCAAUUGUUAUUUGACUUAUCCUAUACUUAAAAGAACUAUAUAUGCACCAGCUACUACAUAUUAGAGAGAAAUUUAUCCCGUUUGAAUAAUAUCUUUAUAAUAUGUAACUGACUCAAAAAAAAUAAAUAUACUUAAAUUUGGUUACUAUUGUGGACUUCCAAUUCAAUGCAUACAAACAAGAUAGACUUAUGAGUAAUCAAAUAUUAUUUCUAAAAAGAUCUCUAUAAUAUAAUGAAUUUGUGAAAAGUGUCUGAACAUAGUGGGAAGGACGGGACUACGGAAAUAUUGGGAGGGGAGCCUCCCAGCCAGGAGAAGCUUGAGGUGGGAGUGUCUGAAUUAGUGAAGGAAGGAGUAAUGGCUGAAGAGGAAGUUAUUGAGGAGGUCAAUAAUGAUACACACCCAGUUACAGAUGAAGGGGGGGUAGGGGAGGUAACAACCAAUGUUACCAAAUUAAUAUCUUUUGAAGAAGGCAAUGUGCAAGGAAGUGAGGAGCAUAUCAUUAUGGAUGGAGUUGUUUCGGAUGGGGAGCAAAUCAAUUUGGAGGACUCUACGGUUGAGUCUUGGAGAUCAGUUUGUGCGGAGCUCAGAAAGAAGGUGGAAUUGAUCGAGAAGGAACAAGCACAAGCACUGCAAGUGAUGGGACGGAGAAAACCCAAAGAGGCUCCUCCUCGAUCGGUUGGAGGCCAAGAGGAACAAUGGGGAUAAUACCCUAGAGGUUUCCAUAAGUUGGAAUGUGCGUGGUCUUGUUUCUGCUUGUCCAAGACUACGCAAAAUUGUUAGGCAGCAUUUGCUAAAUUUUAGGGAUUACUAUCAUCGAGCCUAUUAUUAAUUCUUCAAAUGGAGGUUUUUAUUCUACCAGUCUAGGAUUCUCAAAUUAUUUUACUAUGAAGUUUAUCCCCUGGAUUUUGUAUUCACCUAUUUCCCUGUUUAUGGAAAACAUACUAGGACGGAAAGAGAGCAGUUAUGGAACGGGAUGAGGGGGUUUGCAGAAGCUGUUUGGGGACCGUGGCUUCUGGGAGGGGAUUUCAACGUUGUUGCUGAUUAUAAGGGGCCAUCUGUUCCCCGUGCGGCUGACAUGAGGGAUUUCAGAAAUUGUAUGGAGUAUUGUCAUCUUAUGCAGCCUCCUAUAGUUGGUUCUUCCUAUACUUGGACUGGAGUUCGGGCUAAUGGGCGGAUUUGGGAAAGAUUGGACAGGUUUUUGGUGGAUCAGGAAUUUUUGGAUGCUUUUGAUAAUGUAAAUGUUCAUCAUUUGAGUAAAAUGCCAUCCGAUCAUUGCCCCAUUCUCCUCAUUUGUGAGACUCAACUGAUUAGAGGUCCGGCUCAGUUUUGAUUCCAAAACAUGUGGUUUACGAAUGAAGAUUUUCUUUCCUUCGUGAAUAUCCUACGAUCCCGGGGGUGUUAUCAGAAUUAAGCAUAUAGUAGUAAUGAGGAAUGGAAGAAUUUUGUGUG